AAACCGCCUUUUUAACCCCUAAAAGGUAUGACGUAUGACGAGCACUCCUGUCCCGUUUCAGGGUCUCCCUUACCUGGUUUUUCUGCGCAAUAAUUUUUUUCAGGGUCACCUAGGUCUGGCAAGACUUUUUUUCGACUUGAUUGAUAUGUCUGUUUUACGUGCCUUGCUCUAAAACGUUUUGUUUGUUUUCCUUUAUCGUGUGUAUCAGGAUGAUCAUCACUGAACGUUGACGUCACGCAACGUGAUGAGAGUAACGCAAGAUUGUUGGCUGGGACUGGAACGAGAUUUCAUGCAAGAUGGCGUCGAAUUUUGAAGAUACGCGUAUACAUUGGGGACAGCUGAUUUUCACCCAUGUCAGCAAGCCUCCUGUGCUUAUCAGUAAGGAAUCAGUCAGAUUAGGGAGGAAAGAAGAUUGUGACAUUAGCUUUGCUGGAAGUAAAUUUGUGUCUGGUCAUCACUGUACUAUUUCAAGAGAUUCAGACGGUAAAGUUUGGCUUCAGGACUUCAGCACUAAUGGAUCUUUGCUCAAUGGGAAGAAAAUUAAAAAAGAUGAGAAAAUCCUGAUUUGCCACAAUGAUCAAGUACAAAUAGUACAUCGAAAGGACCACCCUGGGAGUGAUAUUGCAUUUGUGUUUCAAGACUUGAAGGUUUUGAGGGAGGAAGCUGCGUUACUGGACAACACUUUGGAGUAUAGUAAUGAUACUGAAGAAGACAUUUCUGAAGAAGAAGAAGUUAAGGCAAAUGAAACAGGGUCAAUCUCUCAAAAAAGAUCUCACAGUGAGACUGGAGACAGUGAUGAAGGUCCUGCAUUGAAAAAGAACCAUCAAGAAGAGUCAACCUCAGACAGCAAGAAAACCAACCUUCCAGCUCAUAACUCCAUUGCAGACACAUUGCUUUGUAGCAUCUGUCAGGACAUAUUUCAUGAUUGUGUGAGCUUGCAGCCUUGUAUUCACUCAUUUUGUGCAGCAUGCUAUUCUCAGUGGAUGAAUCGAUCCAGUGAUUGUCCCAGUUGUCGGAAAAAAGUUGAAAGAAUCAGUAAAAAUCAUGUCAUCAACAACUUUGUGGAAGCAUUUCUUAAGGAACACCCAGAAAGACGGCGAUCAGAAGAAGAACUUAGAGAAAUGGAUUCAAAAAACAAAAUCACAGAGGACAUGCCCCUACCUUCAUCUAGAAAAACCAAACUCAAAUUGAAAAUGAAAACAAGAAAAUCCAAAAGACUAUUAAUAAAGUCAAACUGGCCAGUUCCUACUAGCUGUAGACUUUGUCCAGGUUACAUUUCACCUGCUGCUCCAUCUUGUUCAGCAAGUGCUGGUGAAGGUACAUCAACAAGUGUAACUCCACCUGACUAUACAUGCACUCCAGAUCAAAUCCACAUAUUAUGUCAAUGCUGCCUUCAACCUAUGCCGAACAGUUGGCCUGAAACAUUAGCAAGAAGCAUUCCUGCACAGAAGUGCUCCAUUUGUCAGAAACAUUUCUGUCACUUGUUAUGGGGCUGCAGGAAAGCACCUGGUGGCUGUCUAGGAUGUCUGAAUAAAUUUACAGAUUUCAAGUUUGGAGAGAAGUGUCUUUUAUCAGUAAUCAACAACAAUCCAUAUGAAUCCAAAAUACUUAAGGAUUAUUUAACUGAGCAAGGUCUCAGUGAACAAGACCUACUCCAGAAAUGUCUCCAAAAAUUAGACUCUAAAGAAUAUACAUCAGUGGAUGCGGCUUCUCAUGAUCUCAACUCCUCUACUGUGCUUUGCUAUAAAUGUGGAUUACGAAAUUUCCAGGAGCUUGCUUACCAGUUCCGUCGAGACAUACCAAGAGAGGAGUUGCCAGACUCUGUUCUUAGUCGUGCUGAUUGUUACUGGGGCAAACACUGCCGCACUCAAAAAAACAAACCACUUCACGCAAGUCGCUUCAACCACAUUUGUGAACAAACAAGAUUUACAUAGCUUUUUAAAACUAGCUGUUUAUCUAAAUCACACCAUUUUCAAGGAAUCUUCAUUCCGUCUCUUUUUGUCGCAUUAACUUUUUUCAUUUAAAACUAGACGUCUGUUUAAUGUUUUAUUAAUUCUGCUGCAUGCGUAUGAAUGUGAGUUCAGUCUGCAUAUGACUUUGCUUACAGAAGCUGAGAAAUCCAAAAAUUGUUGCAAUGGAUGUAACGUUUUAUUAAAUGCAACUACAGUGUAUUUUUCUAUCCA